ACAUGUGUAAUGAACCUGAUAAAAAAGGCAUCUUUCAGUUUGAAUUUCUGGGUCACACAACGAUCAGCAGGUGAGAAAAUUCUGUCUGCUCGAGCAGUUAAGGAUUAUGGAGAGAACGAGGAUUGUACUUCUUACUUUGAUAUCUGUCCUUGCAGUUGUGCCUCACACAGCACAUGCACAGACCGUCAAGAUCGCAGCGAUUCCCGGACUACGGGUGGUAAGCGGAUCCUCGUUCAAUUUGACCUGUGCCGUAAGCAAUCACAACUUCACGGCUGGGAAUCAGAUAUACUGGAAAUUCAACGGUGAAGCAGUAGUCGAUACACAGAGCCAUAAAAUAGCAGAUAAAUUCAAAGACCGCUUUGGAAUUCUUAAUGGAAAUAAUGUUCAAAUCCUUACUAGAACAGAGGCAAGUACAGAUGACGCAGGAACAUAUGAAUGUGAAUUAAAAGAUCAAGACAAUUCACUUGGUAGGGAUACAAUUUCCCUGCAAGUGGCAGAUUCAUUUUCUUCUAAUGCCCCACCAUCCACCACCAAACCAAGCACCACUUCAAAGACGUCAACGUCAACUCCUAAAACUGACCGCAACAUAUCGGCAGCCUCAAGUAUCAAGAACAAUGGUCUUUGGUGCGCGCUUAUGACAUGGACUUGUUUUCUGAUGACACUCCGGAAAUACAUGUAAUAUUAGUUGAUAGUUUUUUGCAAUUUUAUAGUGACAGU